CAGCUGGGUCGCGAGCAGGACCCAGAUUUCUUCACUUCAAAGGCUUCCGCUUCUUUUCCUCCUCCUCCUCCUCCUCCUCUUCCUCCUCUACCAGCACCACCACCUUUCUCCAUCCGUCCGUCGAGCUGCGAACAUGGGCCUUCGGAAAUGAAAUGCGGAGCCGGAGAGAAGCAGAGAGAAGCAUUUAAGUAAGCGAGAGAAGAAGACGGGGACAGAGACCGCAGCCAGGCUGAAGCCGAAUGUUCCUCCCAUUUUCACUCCAUUUUCUCCUACGACCGACGUUUCCAACGCACUGGUCAGGCAUAGACCAGCAUGCCGUUGGUGAAAAGGAACAUUGAGCCCCGGCACCUGUGCCGUGGGGCGUUGCCAGAUGGGGUGACCAGUGAACUGGAGUGUGUUACCAACAGCACCCUGGCAGCCAUCAUCAAACAGCUGGGCAGUCUGAGUCGCCAUGCAGAAGACAUUUUCGGAGAGCUGUUUAAUGAAGCCAACAGCUUCUACCUGAGGAUGAGCAACCUGCAGGAAAGAGUGGACCAGCUGGCCGUGAAAGUCACCCAGCUCGACUCCACUGUGGAGGAAGUCUCCCUGCAGGAUAUUAACAUGAGGAAGGCCUUUAAGAGUAGCACCAUCCAAGACCAGCAGGUGGUGUCGAGGACCUCCGUCCCCAACCCUGUGGUGGAGAUGUACCAUCGCUGUGACAAACCACCUCCGCUCAACAUUCUCAGCCCCUACAGGGAUGACAAGAAGGAUGCCUUGAAGUUCUACACUGACCCCUCCUACUUCUUCAACCUUUGGAAGGAGAAGAUGCUGCAGGCCACCGAGGACAAACGCAAGGAGAAGAGACGGCAGAAGGGCUGUCCGGCCCACCCUGACAGGCCCCACUCCAGACAGGCCCCACCCAGGAGCCCCCUGUCCAUCUCUGAGCAGCAGAAGCAGGUUGAGGACCCGGGCAGAGAGGUGAAGAAGGUGCGUAAGGCUCGUAACCGGCGUCAGGAGUGGAAUGUCCUGGCCUACGACAAAGAGUUCAGACCAGACCCCAGGCUCACCCCUUCCCCUUACCAUGGCAUGUCCUCAGAAGGCUCCCUGUCUCCUGAUAGCAGGUCAAUGGCGUCUGACUCCUACCCAGCAAGCCCCAACCACCCCUCCACCCAGGCCCCCGGUGCUGUCCACCCCACCGACCACACCAGGGACCACCUCAGCGCUGCAGCCCAGACUCAGUCGCUGGAUCGGGUUCUCAGGCCGCCCAACCAGCCCCCAGGUGCCGGAGGCCCCGCGCCAGCAGGCCGACACGCGGCCUCCCUGGGCAGGGCCCCAUCAGGGCAGGGGGUCCAGGCUGGGGGAGAUCCAACGGUUAACGGGCCGAGGCAGCAGUCAGUUAAGGAUUACCGGGCCGGACACGGCGGCCAACCCUCCACCAUCCCAGAGUACUAUAUCCCCCCCGCCCUCCUCCUCCCCCCCCAACCAUCCCCUCGGCCCAGACGGCCUUCGACUCCACCACGGCCCCGCCCUCCGCGGCCGCCUCCGCCGUCCCCCCCACCUCCUCCACCCUCACCCGUCCCUACUCCCCUUCCCCUCCUCCUCCCCCGGCCAACUACGUGCCCUCCCCAUCCCACCCUCCUUCGGGUGCACCCCCGGCCGCCCCUCCCCCUCCGCCGCCUGGAGCCCCUACAGGCUACCACGCUCACCCGUCACCGCCGCACGCCGCCGUCGGCCAGUCGGCUGUGGAUGCGGCGCCCUCCACCAGGAAGUCCACCAUGCUGGGGAUGAUCCCCAUGAGCGACGCCCGCUCCGACCUGCUGGCCGCCAUACGUAGAGGCAUCCAGCUGAGGAAGGUGCAGGAGCAGAGGGAGCAGGAGGCGAAGAGGGAGCCAGUCGGCAACGACGUGGCCACCAUCCUGUCGCGCCGUAUCGCCGUGGAGUACAGCGAGUCCGACGACGACUCCGAGCUGGACGAGAACGAGUGGUCUGACUAAACAUUUGUCUCAAGGGUGACACAGGGCCACGGGGGGUGGGUGGGUGGGAGUAGGAGGGGGUGAAACACCGGGACACUGCGGUGGAAAUGAUGGGGUUUUGGUGAAUGUUCAACAUCUUAACAGAAAAAAUUGGAUUCCAUCAUACAUUCAUACAUUCACACACAUGCUUGCAGCCCGUCUGAACAUUAUGCACUUCUACAGCAACAGGUCGGCAAUUUCAGCUUGCUCGGUUGCCCCUGACGACGUCUAUUCUUGAGCUGAAACCUUAGAGGUUUGUGCGUGUAACGACCCAGGGUGCAUGGCACAAUGAACACUCAGACCAUUUCAACAACCCCCCACCCGCUCAUUUUUAACCACUAACGAAAAAGAAAUGCGCCAUACCGCUUCUCCCUCUGUUCAUAUUUGAGUGAUGAUUACGAGCAGUAUUACAGGUUGUGAGCCUGUAAUAACUGUUGUGAGGUGGACCCCUAGUGAGUAAGGGGUUAAUGUGUUUACAAAGCACAUGGUAUAGCA